UUAGGGUGCGGGACCGGGCUCUCGGCGGGCCGACCUGAAGCAGGACUUUGUCUCACCCUGAAGCCGCCCGCGGAGGGCAGGAACACGUCCCCCAUCCCUGGGGUACCUCCCGAGACUGACUGGCCUGCGUGUGCCUUCCAUGAGCAGAGACGUCCCAGAGGCGCCCCGCACGGGUGGAGACCUGGUGCCCCAGCACCGCACUCGCCGCUGCCUGUCUGCAGUUGAAUCCAGAGAGCAGCUGGAGGAGGAGGAGGAGGAGGAGGAGGAGGAGGAGGAGGGAAAAAGGAAGGAGAGAGAUGGCUUCCAUGCGGCAGCGCUCCGAAGAUCGGGGGCUUUUCGUGCCCAUCACCACAGCUAUGACCCCCUCAAAAGACACAGCUGGGGGCCGGACAGGGAGCACCAGGAUCCUCUGAGCAGGAGCAAACUGCAGGCACCGGGAUGCGCUGGGGCCCAGGAGGCUGCCUCACUGCAGAGCCAAGAGGACCUGGGCACGUUUCUGGGACCGCAGCGCCAAGGUGGCCCGCCUUCCAGCGUGGGCCAGGGUUCCUGCCGUCCACCUGCUGGCCCUUCGGACCCCUCAGCCACCGGCAUGCUUUCCAAGUCUGUUUCCAUGAGUGGCAUCAACUGCUUCUCCGGUGGCUCAGACCCCGCUGGAAGUCUAUCCCAGUCCUCCGCUGCUAACUUCAGCCAAAGCUGCAGCCAUCUGGAACGGGGUUCCAACACCUGGGUCGGCUCCUCCCUGAGGCGAACCUUCAGCUUCCUCUUGGGCAUGACCGGCAAGGCCAAGGCCCGGGAGAAGGAGAAGAUGAAGGAAGCCAAGGAUGCCCGCUACACCAACGGGCACCUCUUCACCACCAUCUCCGUCUCGGGCAUGACCAUGUGCUACGCCUGCAACAAGAGCAUCACGGCCAAGGAGGCCCUCAUCUGCCCGACCUGCAAUGUGACUAUCCACAACCGCUGUAAAGACACCCUGGCCAACUGUACCAAGGUCAAGCAGAAGCAACAGAAGGCUGCGCUGCUGAAGAACAGCACUGCCUUGCAGUCCGUGUCCCUCCGCAGUAAGGCCACCACGCGGGAGCGGCCGAGCUCCGCCAUCUACCCCUCCGACAGCUUCCGGCAGUCCCUGCUGGGCUCCCGCCGCGGCCGCUCCUCCUUGUCCUUGGCCAAGAGCGUGUCCACCACCAACAUCGCUGGACACUUCAACGAGGAGUCUCCGCUGGGCCUGCGCCGGAUCCUCUCCCAGUCCACGGACUCCCUCAACGUGCGGAACCGGACUCUCUCGGUGGAGUCCCUCAUCGACGAAGGUGCAGAGGUGAUCUACAAUGAGCUGAUGAGUGACUUCGAGAUGGACGAGAAGGACUUUGCGGCCGAUUCCUGGAGCCUGGCUGUGGACAGCAGCUUCCUGCAGCAGCAUAAAAAGGAGGUGAUGAAGCAGCAGGAUGUCAUCUAUGAGCUCAUCCGGACGGAGCUGCACCACGUGCGGACGCUGAAGAUCAUGACGCGCCUGUUCCGCACGGGCAUGCUGGAGGAGCUGCAGCUGGAGCCGGCCGCGGUGCAGGGGCUGUUCCCCUGCGUGGACGAGCUCAGCGACAUCCACACGCGCUUCCUCAGCCAGCUGCUGGAGCGCCGGCGGCAGGCCCUGUGCCCGGGCAGCACCCGCAACUUCGUCAUCCCCCGCCUGGGGGACCUGCUCAUCGGCCAGUUCUCCGGUCCCAGCGCCGAGCAGAUGCGGAAGACCUACUCGGAGUUCUGCAGCCGCCACACCAAGGCCUUAAAGCUCUACAAGGAGCUGUACGCCCGGGACAAGCGCUUCCAGCAGUUCAUCCGGAAGGUGACCCGCCUGGCCGUGCUGAAGCGGCACGGGGUGCAGGAGUGCAUCCUGCUGGUGACCCAGCGCAUCACCAAGUACCCGGUGCUCAUCAGCCGGAUCCUGCAGCAUUCCCACGGGAUGGAGGAGGAGCACCGGGACCUGAGCACCGCGCUGGGCAUGGUGAAGGCGCUGCUGUCCAACGUGGACCAGGACGUGCACGAGCUGGAGAAGGGGGCCCGCCUGCAGGAGAUCUACAGCCGCAUGGACCCCCGGGUCCAGACGCCGGUGCCCGGCAAGGGCCCCUUCGGCCGGGAGGAGCUUCUGCGGCGCAAGCUCAUCCACGACGGCUGCCUGCUCUGGAAGAACACCAACACCGGGCGCUUCAAAGAUGUGCUGAUGCUGCUGAUGACAGACGUGCUAGUGUUUCUCCAAGAGAAGGACCAGAAGUACAUCUUUCCUACCCUGCAGGACAAGUCCGCGGUGAUCUCACUGCAGAAGCUCAUCGUCCGGGACAUUGCCAACCAGGAGAAAGGGAUGUUUCUGAUCAGCUCGAACACCCCCCCGGAGAUGUAUGAGGUCCACACGGCAUCCCGGGAAGAUCGGAACACCUGGAUCCGCGUCAUUCAGCAGAGUGUGGGCAUAUGCCCAUCCAGCGAGGACUUCCCCCUGAUUGAGACAGAGGAUGAGGCUUACCUGCGGCGAAUCAAGACGGAGCUGCAGCAGAAGGACCGCGCGCUGGUGGAGCUGCUGCAGGAGAAGGUCGGGCUGUUUGCCGAGAUGACCCACUUCCAGGUGGCAGAGAACGGCGGCUGCGGGGUGCCCCUGCCCACCCUGCCCAGGGGCCUUUUCCGCUCCGAGUCCCUCGAGUCCCCUCGUGGCGAGCGGCUGCUGCAGGAUGCCAUCCGUGAGGUGGAGGGCCUGAAAGACCUGCUCGUGGGGCCCGGCGUGGAGCUGCUGGCGCCCCGGGAGCCAGGCCUGCCCUCGGAAGCAGACAGCGGCGGGAACAUGAGUCCCGGAAUCACCGCCAAUGGUGAGGCCAGAACCUUCAAUGGCGCGAUCGAGCUCUGCAGAGCCGACUCGGACUCCAGCCAGAAGGAUCGAAAUGGAAAUCAGCUGAGAUCUCCCCAGGAGGAAGCACUGCAGCGACUGGUCAAUCUGUACGGACUUCUGCAUGGCCUGCAGGCGGCCGUGGCCCAGCAGGACACGCUGAUGGAAGCCCGCGUCCCCGAGGGCCCGGAGCGGAGGGAGAAGCUGACCCGAGCCAACUCCCGGGACGCGGGGGCGGGCCGCGCGGGGGCCGCGGGGGCCGCGGGGGCCGCGGAGCAGCAGGCCUCGGAGCUGGCGCUGCUGCGGCGGCAGCACUCGCUGCUGCAGGAGGAGCUGCGGCGCUGCCGGCGCCUCGGGGAGGAGCGGGCGGCGGAGGCCGGCAGCCUGGAGGCCCGGCUGCGCGAGAGCGAGCAGGCCCGGGCGCUGCUGGAGCGCGAGGCGGAGGAGGCGCGCAGGCAGCUGGCUGCGCUGGGCCAGGCCGACCCCGUGCCCCAGGAGGCCCCCUGGGCCCGCCGGCCUCCGGACCCUCGGCGCCGGAGCCUGCCCGCAGGCGACGCCCUGUACCUGAGCUUCAGCCCCCCGCAGCCCAGUCGAGGCCAUGACUGCCUGGAUUUCCCUGUGUCUGUUCGCUCUGUCCACCGACCCUUCGAGGACCGAGAGGGGCAGGAGCUGGGCAGCCCCGAGGAGCGGCUACAGGACAGCAGCGACCCUGACACGGGCAGCGAGGAGGAAGGGAGCAGCCGCCUGUCUCCGCCCCACAGUCCUCGAGAUUUCACCAGGAUGCAGGACAUACCCGAGGAGACGGAGAGCCGCGAUGAGGAGCUGGUAGCUCCGGAGAGCUAAGGGGGCCCCUCCCUCCUGCCUGUGCCCCCUGAAGAACGUUACUGAGGGGGGCACACCUUGGGGGCUCCAACCUGCCAAUGACCAGGGAACACUUGAACUGCUGAUUGUCCUUGCCAGCUCUUGGGAUCCUUGGAUACCUGGGGCCGUUGAGGAAGCUGGGUGGGGAAAUUAGGCCACAGUGCCCCCUGGUGGCAUCCGGAAGUACACCACAGAUGCCAACUUUUCAUGCCUUCUUCCCUCUACUUUAGGAAAAGUUUAUUUAUUUAUUGUUUAUUAGUUAUGGAGGGAGAAAGGGGACUUAGAGGACCAGGGACAUGGGAGCCAAGCCAUAGGGAACAAGGGGCCUUGUCCUUGAACACUACUGGGGUUUAUUCAGACAUAAUAACCAUGCAGCGGCCGGGUACCAGCCCUGCCGCCCUCCCAGCAGCGUCGUCUUUGAGGAGGGGCUGCAGCUGCGGGACCCGACUGCCCCUCUCAGAAGGGCUAUGGGCAGGCCGUAUCCCUCUCCCCUCAACCUCUCACUGCUGUGCUCUCUCCUCUCCGUCCUCCGUGGGACCCCAGAGAGUCAACCUGGCUUCCUGGAGCGGAUGGAGCAGAGGUUGAGGUGGCCAUAAUGGUCUGUUGUGGGGGAGGGGAAAAACCCACAGGGACCAGAAUGUCUUUUUGUUGUUUGCUUUUUUUUUUUUGUACCAAAGCCAACUGCACGUGUUUUAUAUUUUUAAGAGAAGAUUGUAGGCAAUUAGGAACGUUAGCCUCCUAUCUCCACGUCGCUGAAGAACUUGAGGGGAGGGGGGAACCGUGACGUCACCCCUCAUCCAUAGUCACGGGGGGACUAGUCUGACCUCUUCCGCAGCCACUUGGAAAUAAAGUUCUAGGGUGAGUUGGGAAAUCGCUAUGGACCCCCAAACGCCCACCAGCGCCAGCCAUUUUUCUACCAAUUUGAUUGUGUAAAAAAAAAGGGGGGGGGGGAUGAAAGGUAAAGAAAGGAAAAUUAAAGACCUGGAACCCCACGCAGUGCUGUCUCUGAACGUCUGAGGUGCUGCUGGUGCUGCUGAGGGGAGAACCAGGGAGUGGCCGCGGCCCUCGGAAAGGGGCCUUCCCCACCAGAAGGGCAAGGCAGACCCUAACAAAAGGAACGGCUACCUCCUCUUUCUGUUAUCAUUAUUGAUAUUCACAAACUAGGACUGGAGACUCCAAUAUUAGAAGCCUUGUUUGCAUCUCGUUUGCAUGCUGUGCUCAGAAAGGGCAUCGGCCUCCGGCCCCUCCCUUCCCUCUGGGCUCAGUUCCCCUGAGCCUCUGCGGUGUCACCUGCUUUCAGGCUCAGUCACCACGCUGUCCCCUUCACGGCGGCAGAGCCCUGGGCACCCUCUUCCAGGUGGUCCUCCUCCGAGGAGCUCUCCUUUGCUCUCAGAGGCAGUGG